AUGCCACGUAAAAGUUCAGAAAAAUUCAUUCAUUAUUAUAAAACCAGUAAUGGCAUGUCAAAUCCCUUUGCUAAUAAUGACAAUCAUAUUAAUACAAACAAGAGAAAAAAAAUUAAACAUAACAAAGAUUAUAAUUUAAAUUCAACAAAUCCUGUAAUUAAUUCUUUUGAAACUCAAUUGAAUUUAGAUAGAUUUAUCCCAAUGGCUACUUCAAAAAAUGCAUAUCGUUCCAAUUCACCAAAAUUGAAAAAUAUUAUUAAUGAUUUUGCUAGUGUUAAUAUGAAUACUAAUGACGACUUGGGAGCAAAUGAUAAUAGAUUAAAUGAAGAAAUUGAUAGUAAUAAUUUUACGACGUUAUUUACAAACUCUACAAGUUUUUUCUCAAAUUUAAGAUAUUCUGGAUUUUAUGAUCCAAUUACAAGUAAUAAUAGAACACCAGUUUCUUCAUUAACUAUGCCACAUUCAAGUACUCCGAUAAAAGAUAAUAAUUCAAUUUCUUUAGACGAUAGUCAAUACAAAGAUAAAAUUGCAAAUUCUUUAGGAUUCAUUAAGCAAAAUCGUGUUUUAAAUUUUAAUUCUUCAUAUUCUUAUAAUAAUUCUUCUUAUUCUAAUAAUAAUUCGCCAAAAGACAAUUCCACUAUAUUUAGAAAAGAUAAAAAAAGACCCACCUAUCCUAUGGAUAUAUUUGAUCCAUUUUUAUAUAACUUUCCAAAUAAGUUUAAUGAUUCAAAUGAUAUAGAUAAAAACAAUACUAAAAAUAUUAAUCAACGACCAACAAAUAGAAUAAAAAGUCAUAUCCCAUAUAGAGUUCUUGAUGCUCCAAAUUUAAGAAAUGAUUUUUACUCAAACUUAAUAUCAUGGUCAAUCACCACAAAUAAUAUCAUUGUUGCUUUAGGUUACUCUGUUUAUAUUUGGUCAGAUAAAAUUGGCGCUAUACCAAUCUUAAAUAAUGAAUAUUUAAGUACCAAAAAUGAUAUCAUUUGCUCCAUCUCAUCCUGUCCAUUUAAUGAUUUAGUUCUUGUGGGCACUAAAAAAGGGAAACUCUUAUUGUUUAAUCAGACUAUUUCUAUUGAAAGACAAAAAAUACCGAAUAAUAAUGUAUCUAAACAAAUUCCACUUUUUGAAUAUCAAAGUAAUAAUUUUAAGGGUAUUGGAUGUAUUAAAUGGUUUAAAGAAGAUACCAAGGAUAUAAAUAAGAUUAAAUUUAUUAUUGGUGAAGAAAAUGGCGAUGUUACAUUUUUAAAUAUUAUUGAAAUUCCUCCAAAAAAAUUAUAUUCCAAGAAUAAAUAUGAUUCUUCGAAAAUAUAUUCUAAAAGAAUUCCAAGUAACUCUAAAACUAAUUAUUAUAAUAUAGGAAGAACAAGAAAAGGUUCUACUACCACAACAAAUCUUUUUGAUUUGUAUACUAGCACACGCAAUAAUGCAAUUGCUUCAAAUAUAAAUAUAAAUGAUGAUACAGGAUCAAAUAGCAUGUUUAUCUUUAAUGAUUUGAGAAAUUCAGUUAGAAGUAAUAGCCAAACAUCUAAUACAAACUCAAAUAAUUCAAAUAUAAAUUCAGUAAAUUCAAAUAAUAAAAAGAAUUUGAGAAUUCCAGCAAUAACUAAAUAUGUUAGCGAUAUUGAAGAUGAGAGAUUGGGGAAAGAUGGAAUUUUUGGUCCAAUGUUUGAAAAUAAUAGUGAUUAUGAGACAUAUACAGAUAUUAGCACUGAGCUUGAUUUUGAGUCCAAUGAUACUUACUCUAAAUGGGAAAUUGUUCACAUUUCAAGUUUUCAAGCACAAACACAACAAAUUUGCGGUAUUUCAAUCAACGAAGAUUGUAAUUUGCUUGCUGUUGGAGGAAAUGAUAACUCUUGUACUUUGUGGGAUAUCACAGCAACGGAAAAUCCUAUUCUGAAUUAUACAUUUCCACAUACUGCAGCAGUCAAAGCAGUAUCUUUCUGUCCAUGGUCAAAAUCAUUACUUGCUACAGGUGGUGGAAGUAAAGAUCGUAAAAUAAAAUUUUGGCACACUACAACGGGCACUCUAAUAAAAGAAGUUUCAACUAAAGGACAAAUCACAUCACUCAUUUGGUCAACAAGAUAUAAACAAUUGGUUGCGACAUUUGGAUUUGGAGAUAUCGAGAAACCUAUUUUGGCAACACUGUAUUCAUUUCCAAGUUUAAACCCUUUAAUGCAAGUAACUUCACCAACGCCUAUUCGUGCGCUCUGUGCAGUAACAUCUCCAAAUGAUUCCUCUAUUUGUGUUGCAACAAAUGAUGAAACUAUUCGUUUUUAUGAUUUAUGGAGUGAGAAAGAAGAUAUUAUUAAUGAAGCAAAUGAACCUGGGUUGUUUGGGUCCAAUUUGAUCGAGCAUAUGGAGGGAAUAAAUGUAAAGCGAGAAGAAUUUAUUAGAUAA